UGGCAACAUUGGAAUGACGGCCAUAGCAGUUUACCUAGUCACGCGAGAAAAAAAAUGUGAAUUUACAAAUUGAAUAUUCGUUGUUUUAAUUGCUUUUUAAGACCUAAUACACUAAUUUUUCGUGAUAAUUAAAGAGUGUAAUACAGAAAUCACCUAUUAAAGAUGUUAUUUAAGGAGUUUUGGUGGGAAAACACGAUGAAUUCCAUCGUUAUAAACUAAUUUCUGAAACGAAUAAAAAAGUGUUUUUUUGUGCUAUACAACUCAACAUCAGAUCAGCAAAAUGAAUCACCAUCUGAACCGGGAGAAGGAUCCCUUGAGCUACCCAACAUACAACUACCAGGCACCCACAUACCCAUACCCAGACAAACUGCAAGCGAUGUAUGAGGUGUACGCACAGAAUGACACAAGCUUCGUACCCAGAAUGCACAGUAUGCACAAUGCUCAAAUUGCACAACCCAUACCGGAACCUGUAACAGCACCAGUACUACCAACAUCACAAACCGAAGUCAGCAAUAAUGAAAAUUUGAACAUACAGCCAACAUCGAAGAGAAAAAAGAAAGACAAGAAAGGAGAAAAAAGUACAUUCUGUUCUGAAAAAAUUACGGAUGCCUCGUUCAAGUUCUACGGAUGUGCUGUAUGCAAUAUAAGUUACAGUGCACUGCAUGAACUCGACCAACACGUCACCAUACACAAGAACAGGAUGACCAGCUACCGUCUGCGUCUCCGUAACCAAUUCAAAAAGAAACAAAUAAAAAAAGAAAAGAAGAAGUUAAAAAAAUUAAAUAAAAUUAAAAAAGAAAGUGAACCAUACAUUGAAAUCAAACCUGAAGACGGGUACAUAGGUAAUGAGAAAGCCUCAGACUUUGUAACGAAUAAUGAAAUAGAGAAUAAUGGUAAUGUUAAUAACGGUAACAGUGUAGUAGAUAAUCAAAAUAGUCAAUUUAACGGUGGAAUGAAUUCUGUAAAUAACGAUGUACAGAAUAGUGAUAGUUUAAGUAACGGUGAUAUGUGUAACGGAGUGGAUAAAGUGAAUGGUAAUGUAGAGGAUAAGGGUAUGAAUGAGACGGAGAUGAAUAAUUUGGAGAAGAUCUACAAAUGCUUUGCGUGUCUGAAGCAGUUCACUCUCAGCUACUACCUCAAGCUCCAUGUACGCUCGCAUACUGACGAGAAGCCAUACACAUGUGCCGCGUGUGGACAGUCGUUCAUCACAGCGAGCAAGCUGGGGCGUCACAACAAGCGGAUACACCUCGCCGAGCGAUACCAGUGUCGGAUCUGCUUUAAGAUAUUCUCCAGAUUUGAAUUGUUGACUGCGCAUUUUGACAAGACGCACCCCGAAGACAAGCUGGAGGGAGAGCCUUACGAUUACAACGCGAUCCUGCCGUACCUCAAGGAACUUGAAGAACAGCUUCAGCUGGACGAGGCCAAGCCCAGCGCUGACAGCGCGCAUAGUCUGUGCUGGGAGGACUCUACGGCGGCACAGGCGGGCCUCACUGAACCUGCGCCGCCUGAUAUCAAGGAAGAGGUACCAGAAGACGACAAAAAGGACACAAUACCGAAAAUGGAAAUAAUGCUUGAAGAGGUGAAGGUAGACUGCGACCUCAAAGUUAAGGAGGAGCUGCUUGAUGAGGACGAGGGAGACUUUGGAGGUGUGGGGGUGCUGGAGGACGCGGGGGAUCACGGGGACAGUGACGCCGGGGAUGCUGGAGAUGUUGGGGAUUGUGGGGAGGUGGUGGCCGAGGAACCGGACCGUGAUGAUGAUGUAGGAGAUGUCAAGAAUGAAGAUACUGACGCGUCAGAUGAGGAUUACUUCCCAAGCAAUACGUGGGCAGCCCCUCCCCCCUCCUCGCCAGAGGGCGGCGGGGGCGCGGGACGGGGGCGCGGUCGGGGGCGCGGGGGGCGCACAUGCCCGGUUUGCAACAAGAGCGUGAGCAGUGCGUCGUACCUGCGCGUGCACCUGCGCACGCACUCGGGGGAGCGCCCCUACACCUGCACGCACUGCGGACGCGGGUUCAUCACCAGCUCCAAGAUGCAUCGACAUGUACUCACACACCAAGAUAAAGGCGAGAUCAAAACGGAAGGUGACACCAAAGAGGAAGCGAGUGAGAAAGGAAUAGCGACAGAAGAAGGAGAAAAAAAACCAGUAAAGAAACGCGGUCGCAAACCCAAGUCCGAGGCGCAGCCCCCGGCGGAGGGAGGGAAGCGCAAGCAUCAGAAGCGACCCCACGCGUGCGAGUACUGCAACCAGAAAUUCCUUCAUUUAAAAAUGUUGGAAGUUCACCGCGAAACGCACUCGGAAUCGGAGCGUGUGCUACGCUGUCAGUUCUGCCUGGCAGAGCUGGCAGACUUGGCUGAAAAGGCGGAGCACGAGGCCCAGCAUACGGGACCGAAGCCCUACCUCUGCACCAUCUGCGGGAAGACAUACAAGAAGAGGGAAACUAUGACGUACCACCGCAAGCGGCACGCGGGCGCGCGCGCCUGGGUGUGCGAGGUAUGCUCGCGCGCGUUCCCCGCGGCGUGCAAGUUGCGCGCGCACGCGGCGCGUCACGCGGCGCGCUACGUGCUGCGCUACGAGUGCCCCGUGUGCGCACACAUGUUCCACACGCGCUACCACGUGCACAUGCACCUGGGCACGCACCAGCGCGAGGGGCUCGUGGCGCCGCACCAGCGCGCGCAGCUCCUGGCCAUGGUGCUGCACAACGCGCGCAGGAUCCCGCGCCACGGCGCGCCCGCGCUGUCCGGCCCCGCGCCCGCCGACGAGCGCUCGCGCGUCUGCAACAUCUGCGGCGAGCUCUUCCAGCACUUCUACUACCUGGAGGAGCACCUCAAGACCCACGGCUCGCGCAUCGCUCUGGAAGACUUCGACCGGCCCGAGGACAAGAAGUACGUCUGUCCCGUCUGCAACAAGGGCUUCAAGCUCCACUACUACCUGAAGCUGCACAGCUUCACGCACUCCAAGGAGAAGCCGUUCAUAUGCCAGCAGUGCGGGAAGGGGUUCAUCACGAAGGGUAAGCUGAAGAGGCACCUGGAGACCCACACGGGGCUGAAGAAGUACCAGUGCCACAUCUGCUGCAAGUUCUUCACGAGGCCGAGCUACUUGCGCAUCCACAUCCGCACCAUCCACGGCACGCAGGACUACAACUUCAGACUGGACAAGGCGUACGGGCUGGACUCGAUGGCCGCAGCCCCCCCGUCUGACCCCGGCCCCCUCGCCACCUCGGCGCUCCAGCACUAGGCUUAGUAUUACUCUGUUGUAAACAAACUUGUUGAUUUUGUAAACAUUAAAUUCAUUUACUUUUUUA